UUACGCUUGAAAUAUAGAUCUAUACAACUUUAAAUUUUGAACUUGUUUUGUGUUACGAUCUUUUCAUUUUAUAGGAAUAUCGGUUAACAUUCAAUAAUUUCACAGUUAUACCCUUAUAAACGUAAAUAUAUUUGUAAAAUCGCCACUUUCAAAAGUUGUGAUCGAACCGGAAGUUGUGGCGGAGUCAUUUCAUUCAGCACACUAGGAGUAAACACGAAGUAAAUAAAAUGUAGGUUCAAUAAAAUGACAAUUAAGGGGUGUAAUUAAAUCAGUUAAGUUAAAAUACAAUUUCUUUGGGCUAUCUAAAUUCGGGCAAACAUGCCGACUGCAGUGUCACUGUCGCAAAUGGUGGAUUUGUCCCUGGGGACACCAGAGAUAGGGUCUGUGAAUUUCAAUGUGAUGCAUACACUCCUUCAUGCUAUCAUAAGGAAAUUAAGUAUUGCUGAUCACAGAGCAGAGAUAAAUGAACAUGACAGGGAUUUUUUGGCAACAUCAAAAAUACGAGCUAGAUCCACACUCAGUGAUGCUGACAGUGGGCGGGGUGAAGAUUCUGAGGAUGCCACAAGUGAGAAAUCUGGAGCUCCCCCAUUUCGACCAUCCCCAUAUCAUAGGAUGGAAUUAAAGGUUGAAAAACUUGCACAGCAGUUGGAAAGUUUAAAUCAGCUUCCAUCGAAUAGUGAAUUAUUUGAUCGUACCACAAAAUCAAAAAGUGAAAGUUCUACAGAUAGGCCUGUAGCUGACAUGUGGCAAUAUAUGCAACUUAAAAAAAGGGUUGAUGCUAAUGAAGAAGGUGUAGGAAAGGUAUAUUUUCAGUCUAUUUAAUAUUUUAGAUAUUUU